GCCGUCAUUUCCGGUCCAACUCGGGGCGCUCCAGAGACUCUGCUCCACCAUGGCUGAGUAUCAAGACGAAGACUUGCAGAAAUUUCUUAAGAAGGUGGACGAAAUCACCAAUUUAAUUCAAGACAUGAAUUCUGAUGACCCAGAGGUACAGCAGAAAGCUGUCCUGGAGACAGAAAAACACCUGCAGCUGUUGGAGGGAGACCUAGAGGAGGAGGAGGACGCGUGCCGCAUCGCCAUGGACAAGACCCUCAUCAGUCCUCCACAAGCUCCCAAGGAGACUGAAGAUGGAAUAAAUCCAGAGGCCUUCUUGGCAUCUAUGGAAAAGGAUGCAAAGGAGAGAGCCAAGAGAAGAAUGGAAAACAAAGUCCUAGCAGACGCCCUAAGAGUGAAGGGGAACGAAGCCUUCAGCAAGGGCGACUACAACCUGGCCAUCCAACACUACAGCGAGGGCUUGGAGAAGAUGAAGGACAUGAAGGUGCUGUACACUAACCGAGCCCAGGCUUACAGUAAACUCGGGGACUACCAGAAGGUGCUGGUGGAUUGCAACUGGGCUCUGAAGUGUGAUGAAGCCUACACAAAGGCCUACUUCCACAUGGGGAAAGCCCACCUGGCCCUGAAAAACUACAGGGAGGCUAGAGAGUGUUACGAGAAGAUCCUAGAAAUCAACCCCAAGCUGCAGACACAGGUGAAAGAAUACCUCAUGCAGGUCAAUCUUCAGGAGAAGGUAGAUCUUCAAGAGAAGGAAGCCCAUGAAAUUCUGGCUUUAGGAAAGAACACAGCUGUGACCACCAAAAAUCUCCUGGAGACCCUGUCCAGGCCGGACCAGGCACCGCUGUUCUAUGCAGGGGGGAUGGAAAUCCUGACGGAAAUAAUGAAGCAGUGCACAGAACGCACUUUAUUCAGAACCCACAGUGGAUUCAGCAUCAUCAAUGACAACAAGGUCCUAAGAAGGUGCUUAUUAGCCGAAAAGAAGGAUGCAGUAGAAGAGACCGUCUGUGUGUCUGUUCUGAAGCUCUGGCAAGCAGUGUGCUACGAGAAUGAAGAAAACCAGCGAUUCCUUGUGAUGCAUCCAGACAGGGCUGGCCUGCUGCUCUCCUUCUUGACGUCCCCAGUCCUGGCCAUCAGGCAGCAGAGCCUGACCCUGAUUCUCCAGCUCGCCCAGACAGAGAACGGACGGAGCCUUAUCAUCAGCCACCUUGACCUGACCCAAUUGUUGGAGGCCCUGCUGUUAUUUCUCGAGUUCUCAGAUAAGAAGGCCAACACCGCCAUGGGACUGCUCACAGACUUGUUUCUGGAAGAAAGAUUUCAAGUCUGGUUCCAGGCCAGCCUUCCAGACGUUCUGCCCAUGCUCACCGGUGUCCUGAAGAGAGACCCCAUGUUGACCAGCACCUCCGCCUUCUGCCAAUGUGUCAGCAUGAUGGGGAACCUCAGUGCCAAGCCUGACGCCCGGAGACACAUGUGGGCCUACGAAAAAUUCCCAGAUGCCUGCUUGGGCCUCCUGGUCACAUGUGAGGAAGACCUCUUCCGAGAUGUCAUAUACACCCUCCUGGGCCUUGUCAUGAACCUGUGUCUUCAAGUCCCCCUUGUCUCAGAGGCAUGGGCCAUGGAGGUAAGCAGGAAGUGCCUGUCUCUACUCAACAGCCAGGAUGGAGGAAUCCUGACAAGAGCUGCCGGUGUUCUGAGCCGAACUCUUCCUUCCUCUCUGAAAAUCAUCCGGGAGGCUCUGAGAGCAGGAAUAGUGAAGAAAAUGAUUAAAUUCCUGAAGACAGGAGGCCAGAGCGCGUCACGUUAUGCCAUAAAGAUCCUGGCUGUCUGCACCAACAGUUUCCACGAGGCUCGGGAGGAAAUAAUGAAGCUGGACAAAAAGUUCAGCGUUCUGGUGAAGGUACUCAACUCAAAGGAUGAGAUUGUGGUGGGUAAUGCUGCCCUCUGCCUUGGCAACUGCAUGGAGGUGCCCAGUGCUGCAUCUUGCCUGCUGAAGACAGACCUGGUACCAAUCCUGCUGAGGCUGACAGGCAGUGACACACAGAGGCCAUCCGUGCAACUCAACGCAGGCAUUGCUCUGGGGAAGCUGUGCACAGCCGAGCCCAGGUUUGCCAUUCAGCUGAAAGAGCAUCACGGGAUAGAAAUUCUCAACUCCGUGAUGAAAUACAUCAAUAAUUCUUGACAGACGUGGUGUGCCACAUUACGGGUUGUUGCUGUGCUAAUAAAGA